CUUAAAUCACCAGCAAACAACCAAAAAGAUGUCUUUAAUCUAGUGUUUACAAACAAAUGCAAAUUCUGUGGUAAUUUUCCAUUCAAUAUUUGCUUAAUUCUAACACAAUGAGCGAGCGAUAUUUUGUAAAUAAGUUUAGUGAUUACCCAGGCACUCAAACUGUUCACAUUGAUAAGACAUUCAUCAAGGAUUUAAUUGGGAAAUAUGUUGAAAGUGUAUUGAAGAAUACAGACCCAAGAAAAUAUAAAAAUUUUCGAUCAGAUCUUUAUGUUGGAUUGUCUGGGAUUGCUUUUAUGUUCCUUAAAUUGUCAAAAUCACCAUUAAAAGAUCAAUAUCCUGCUUUAGAACAAGCAAAACUCUAUGCUGAUGCAGCUGAAGAAAGUUUAAUUUUGUCUGGAUCUAGAAAGCACAUUUCUUUACUCAGUGGAGAUGCUGGCGUGCACAUUGUAUCUGCAGCUGUAAAUAAAGCUAUUGGGAGAUCUUCUGACAAUGUCAUUGAGAAUUUACUGAAAGGAAUAAAUAUAUUUGACAACCCAGAGUAUUUAGAUGAUGGACAGGACGAAAUGCUUGUUGGACGUUGUGGAUAUAUUAUGGGAAUAAAUUGGCUAAAUCAACAAUUAAGUAAUGAAGUAAUUUCAUCAAAUGAAAUGAACAGAUUAGCACAAAUUAUGCUGAAAAGUGGACGUGAUUAUUCUCAAUUAAAAAAGCUGGAUGUUCCAUUGAUGUAUCAAUAUCAUGGCAGGGAAUAUUUAGGAGUAGCACAUGGAAUCUCUGCUAUUUUAUUCUCACUACUGCAAGUUGAACUAAGUGAAAGCGACAUGAAGGAUGUAAAAGACACAAUUGAUAUAAUAUUAGCACUUCAAGACAGUUCUGGAAACUUUCCAAGUAAAUACAAUAAAUCAGAAGCACAUCUAGUACAUUGGUGUCAUGGAUGCCCUGGAAUCAUCUACUUAAUGGCUAAAGCAUUUAAAAUUUUCGGUGACCAAAAGUACCUUAAUUCAUGCCUCAAAUGUGGCGAUCUUGUUUGGGAGAAAGGCUUGCUUAAAAAAGGACCAGGAAUAUGUCAUGGAAUUGGAUCUAGUGGAUAUGUUCAUCUCCUACUCUAUCGAUUAACAAAUGACCAGAAGCACUUGCAUAGAGCUCAAAAGUUUGCGGAAUUUCUUGUUGACGAAGAAUUUCUAUCAGAAGCUCGCGAACCUGAUCGUCCAUUUAGUUUAUUUGAAGGCAUAAGUGGAACAAUUUGCUAUCUCUUAGAUCUCCUGGAUCCUGAUCAUUCCGAGUUUCCAUUUAUGAAUGUAUUUUAAAAUUAAUGUGAUAUAAAAAGAAGGCAAAAGGGAAAGAAAAUGCUUAAAAAUCAGGUCUUUAUUAUGUUCCAUAGACUCCAUUCUCUG